AGAGCGCGGGGCGCGCGGUUCUGCCACUACGCACUUUGUCACCGGGAGGAGCGCUCGCGCGGGUGAAUUUGCGGGUGAUUUAUUGUUUUUUUACGUUUAAACAAGUAAAUAUACCAUAAUGUCGAAACGUUCUAAACGGAUUUUAGAUCUAGUAAAUUCUAAUGAACAAGAUCCAGUUUAUCAGAUCAUGGAAGAGACAACAAGUGACUGUGGAGAUUAUUCCAUACCUACAGAACCUGAUCGAGAUUCUUCACCAAUACGUGUGCAUUCCGAUGAAGAAUUAACACAAUGUCUGCAAGAUAUAAUGCAUGAUAAUAACGUGUUCAGUGACAAGAAUGAGCCUAUAAAUACUUCUAUACCUGAAGAGAGCAUUCCUGAAAAAUCCAUUCCUGAGAGAAGUAAGCCUGAAGAGCCUGUAGUUUCCAUAACAGAAGAAACAGAGGCAAUCUCUAAAAGUGCAUCACCGUCAAUUGACAACUCAACACCAAUACCGUCACCAGUUCCCGUUCACGAAGAUCCAUGUGGAAAUAAUUUCUGUGCCAUAUGCUUGGAAGCGUAUGCCAUUAGGCCUGAUGAAGUCUAUCUAAAUCUUCCAACACCUUCAACUAUAACAGGCACUUCCACUAACGUAACACCGACUACACAAAAGGUUGCCAAGAAGAAAACAUAUAAAACAGACAUAGGAAAGAAGAGACUUGUACACAAAGAGCUUUGGUGUGUAGUUCAACGAAAGAAAUUAAAAAAUGAAGGAAAAUCCUAUAUAAAUAAAAAAGGGAAACAAAUCGAAGAAAAGGUGUUAGGCCAGCCAUGUGGAAAGAAAUGUCGCUACAAGUGUACUGAAAACUAUGACGUAAAGCAAAGAGAGGCUAUCUUUUCAAAAUUUUGGAAUCUGGGCGAUCGUAAUAGGCAGUGGGAGUUUGUUAUAAAGUACACAAAAAAGAUUAACAAAGGGCGUAAAACCACUGAAAUAGUAAAACACAAACGUGAAUAUACCUAUGUUUAUUAUCUCCCAACUACAGAAAAGGAAACAAAAAGAGUAUGUAAGCAGAUGUUUUUAAGUACAAUAUCCUCUGGUGAACGAAUAAUAACAACGGCUUGGAAGAAAUAUGACGGUAUAGCGGCUGUAGAAAAGGACAAGAGAGGAAUGUAUGACCAUAAACCUUGAGUGAUUGAUGAAGUAAUGGUACAAAGUGUAAAAGACCAUGUAAAUUGUUUGGAUCGAGUGGAUUCGCACUAUACACGCAAAGAUUCUAAAAAACUGUACUUGAAUAACAUAAAAAGUACUUCCCAGAUGCAUAAACUGUAUGUUGAAUGGUACGAUCCUAAUAUAUACAAUAAUCAAGCCAACAAACGUCAAUACCGUGACAUUGUAAAUGUUAAUUUCAACUUAGCAUUUCAUAAGCCCAAAAAAGAUUUGUGCGAAGUUUGCCAUAUCUUUGAGAACAACCAAUUU